AUCGUUAUUCGUUGAAUAUAUGAGUGAUUAUAAUUUGAAAUAAUAUAUUUGACAUUACAGUGCCUAUAUAACAGUUUGUGAAAUACCUAUAUGUUUGAUAUAAGUCAACAUGAAAAAAAAUAAGGAUCGUCCUCCAAUCGUAUUACUACUAACACUACUGCUACAGAUAAUAGUGCCAUCGGUGGGCCAAGGUAUUUCAGUUGAGCAAGUAAAUGGUGAUGUUACCAUAACCAAAGAUGGCACUGUAACCAUCAUGACAAUGGAUGAGAAUAAUCACGAUUUCACUGAAAGAACCCCACUCAUUAGAUUCGUCAACGUUAAGGAGGUGACAUUUCAACAAUUCGUUGAUUAUUCAUUCAGAUACACUCUGAUGGAUGAAAGCGAUAAUAAGACAAAUAAAAUUCUAUAUUCGGAUCAGUCCUUCGAUUAUGAAACUCAACCGAAUAAUUACGUAAUGACACUAUUCGUAGAUGGUCUGAAUGGUGAUAAAGUUCCAUCAUUUGUAUUGAAGUUAACAAUCAACAACAUCGACGAUGAACCUCCCACAAUGAGCUGUCCACAAUGUCGGUUCGAUGAAAAUACAAUGUAUACUCUUGAGAACACUACAUGUUCCUGUGUCGUUACUGAUAGUGAUGGAUGGUUGAACAAAAUGACAUUCGAUGUUUUACCUGAUGGUACUACGGGAGAAGAAGGCAGCAUAUUCCUGUUCGAAUUCCGAGAAAAACCUGAUGAUCAAUUGAAAACGGCCAAUGUCCAGAUGUAUCUGGGAAAAGAGUUGAAAUACAACGAAACAUCAUUUUAUCUUUUCAAUAUUCAAGCCAGGGACGGUGCUGGACAUGAAACCAUACCCAACAACGUUACCAUGGCAAUUGUUGAUGUGAAUGAUUUGAGAGACACUCCACCAGUGUGGACUAAGUUCAUUGCUUUCCAACAAUUCGAAGAACAACUGGAGAAGGAUUUUCAAAUUUCUGCUAGAGACGGUGAUGUUGGUCUUAACAAGGAUAUAUGCUAUAGUAAGGUGCGAGAAGACGAUGAAGAAGCUAAAUACAUCCACAUAGAUGAAAGGACAGGAACCGUUCACGUAUCAAAAAUUGACAGAGAUAAGAAGGAUAUCACGAUGUACAAAUCAGAAAUUUCUGCAUUCGUAUGUGAGGAACCCGAUUGGAGAACAUCACAAGUCAUGAGUUUCUACAUAAUAGAUAUCGAUAACAAUUCACCACUAGUUAUCUGGGUUUUUGAUUAUGAGAAAAAUAACAACACAUACGAUGGUGAAACCUCGAAGUCAACCAGUUUGAAAUUUUAUGAAAAUUAUGCAGGGAGUUUGAAUACCACGAUUUUUAUCAAAGACAUUGAUACGGGAGAUAAUGCUCAAUUUUUCAUCGAAUUGGAAAAUUCGGGCGGAGAUAUCGAUUUCACAAAGGCUUUCAUGGUAGUGCCAACAGCAGGAUAUAGAAGUAGUGAAUUUCAGUUGAAUGUAAAAAAUGCUACAUAUUUAGACUACGAAGAUCCUUCUUGGCGGCACAUCAAGUUUAAUGUUUUAUCUAGAGGUACAAAGAAUAGAGAUCAUCUUGAUAGAUUACUGGUGGAUAUACAAUUACAGGAUUACAAUGAUGAGAUUCCGAAAUUCGAACUGAUGGAAUACAAUGCAACGAUUAGUGAAGCUACAAAAAAAGAUGUUGUCAUAACUACAGUACUUGCAACAGAUGCUGAUUAUGAAGAUAAGAUUCUAAAACACAAUUUGAUUGGUUCUGAGUAUGCCCUCCAAGUUCUGGGAAUUAAAUCGGACACCGGUGAAAUAUACGUCAAGACAGAUGAUGCUUUCGACUACGACACUGUCAAUCCAAUAUUUGUUCAAGUGAGAGCUACUGACAAAGUUGGUCAUACAGCAACCGUUCCUUUGACAAUAGAUCUGACGGAUGUCAACAACAAAGCUCCAACUAUUGAUGUGGGUAAUCCGAUAAGCGUGGAGGAGAAUAAAGAAGUGGAAUUCAAUCUGGAUUCGACAAUAGCGGCCUCAGAUAUUGACACAAAUGCGAGUCUGACAGUGAAAAUAGACUGGGAUGGAUCAUACGCCACCAAAAAUUCAAGACGACUCAAUAUGACCGAUGAAACCAUUGCUCGAGAGGUUAAGUUCCUCAAUGUGAAAUUUGAGGGAAAAUAUAAUGGCUACUACAAGAACCGAACAAUUGAUAUAGGAUUAGAAGUGAAUAAUCAUCCCAAAUAUCCCGCACCUGACUACGAGCUCUUCGAUUCCCUGUAUUUGAAAUUGAUCGUCACAGAUUUGAACACCGAUGAAGAGUUUUUGAGGAAUGAAAAAUCAUCAGCUCUCAUUGUGGUGAGCAUCAUCGACAUAAAUGACAACACACCUGUCUUCGUGGAACCCGAAAACUCAAAUCGCACCGUCCAAGAGAAAGCUGUGAUUGGUACUUCGGCUGGCUCUAUCGUAGCGAUUGAUCUCGAUGUCAAUGAUAACGUUACCUAUGAGUGCAAAGCACUCAGCCCAGAAACUGACUGGUUAGAAGUGGAUACCAAAUCUGGAGUUUUCAUAGUUAAAGACGGUCACAUAAACGCAGAUCCAGACACUUUCACUUUCAGUUAUAAUUGUACUGCUACUGAUACGGUACAUAUAUCUGAUACUCUCAAGGUUGACUUCUACAUAAUUGAUGGGAACAACAGGAUUCCUGAACUAAAUAUCAGUGACACGGUUAAUCUGUUGGAACGACCUGAUGAUGAUGCGAUUGUUAUCGAUAUGACAAAACAAAUAAGAGAUCUGGAUAGAGAUGUUCCAUUCCAUACGGUGGUCUGCAUUUUCUCUGAUUCAUGUAACGACAAGUUUUAUAUCAAGAAUAAUAUCAUCAGAGUUAGAAAGGGAGAGGAGAUCGACAGGGAUACAAAAGAGAGGAAUUUCACGUGUUCCAUCACUUGCUCGGAUAAUCCAAAUGGUUGGAGAGGCGAACCUAGCUUAUCUAGUCCACCAUUUACACUAAUCAUAUUUGUCGAUGAUAUAAAUAACUUCAUACCUGAACUUGAUAUGGAUGACUUCGAUUGCUAUGAAAAUCUAGAAAAGAACGCCGAAAUUCAUGAAAUAAUUGGUAAAGAUCUUGAUGCUAAAGAGAAUGGCACGAUUGAUUUCAAUAUCACCAGCGUGAUCAACGAGGAGACAGGAGAAGAUAUCGCAUCAAUUUUCGCAAUAUUUAAGGACGAUAGUGACUACGAAGUGAACGAAACUCAUAAGCGAGUGCAUCUCAUAGCAUCUGAAGAUCUUAGAGGGUAUUAUGGAACUUACGAUAUUACAUUUGGUUUGAGUGAUGAAGGAGAGCCUCAGAAUUCCCAGCUACAAUCGCGUAAAUUCACCAUCAAAAAGUACAAUUUCGAAUCGCCCCGUUUCGUGUUUCCCGCGGAAAACGAAAUUCUGCAACUGAUGUCGGUUCAAACAUUGGAUAGUCCUUUGGUUGUAUUCAGAGAACGAGCAAGUUUGCAAGAUUUCGAAAUUAUUGCUGAUUCCAAAGAUAAAGACUGCAGUAAAUGGAAGAUCAAAUUCAGCAUCACACAAUUGGAACCGACGAGCGAAGAAACGGUCUUCAAACUAGUUGACAAACACCCAUGUAUUUCACAACUGCAAAUCAAUGAUGCAUUCAAUUCGGAUCGUGUUGUGGAAAAAAUCUUCAAGAUUCAAAUAUCUGCAUGGAUAGAUGCGGAGAGCAGCCCAGAUACCAAUGAAGCGCCGUAUUACACAAAAACGAACAUAACGAUUCGAUUUUAUAACAACUACCAACAACCAACUUUCGACCAGAGCUUUAGAAAAUGGACCAUUGAGUUCGAAGAAGGAAAUGACGCUCUGUCAGAAAAGCUCAAAGAAAAUGCCACCUACGAAAUAACCGACGAUCCUAAUCUGAAUAUAUAUUACUAUAUUGUUCCUGGAAAGAAUGAAACUAUCGAAAGGAUUUUCGAAGUUGAUCGGGAUUCCGGGAUGGUUUCAGUUAAAGAAAAGUUCUAUUAUGAUUUCGACAAGCAAUUUGAGUUCAAGAUUGUCGCUUCUAAUGACACCCAUCCCAAUAGUACAGAUCCUGAUUCAUUUUUGGAUGUCUGUGUAGAAGUUCAGCCUGCCAAUCUUCGAACACCAGUGUGGUCUAGGGACUUUUUCUUUGGAGCAAUUAUGCCUGGUUUUCUGAGUUCUACUAUAAUUGUUUCUGCAGAUGCCACGGACGAUGACGUGAUAGACCAAGACAAUCUGACGUAUUCCAUAAACGGCACCAUACAACGCAAGGGUAAUGGCCUGGAUACUGUGUCCAAUACUGAUGCUUUCAUAAUGGAUCAGAAAACUGGCAACAUAACUCUGAAUUUUCGUGUCGAAACGACUAUGACAGGAUACUUCUCAUUCAUGAUCUGUGUCAGGGACCAAGAAGAUAAAUAUCAUAACGGUCCUCAUGAAAAUUGUACAACAACGUACAUCUUCAUCAUCACAAAUGAUAAAACAGUCGAUUUCAGGUUCUACAACAAUGUAACAGAUGUUCAAGCUAGAGAAGUUGAGAUGUUAGACAUAGUUAGUGACAUCGUAGGGAUACCAGCUUACAGACAUACCAUAGAAAACCUAACGACAAAGGACAAUACAGUAUACUCACAAGCCAGCUUAUACUUCAUCAAUGGAACAUUCACUAAAGAACUGAAUCCAAAUGAUCGACUUCUCAGAGAAGAUAAUCCAGUUACAGCGUCAGAUGCAGAAUCUAUCCUGAGAAUAGUUUCUAACGUCAACACGUUUUCGAAAUUAUCUUCUGAACUGAGGGACAAGAUACAACUAAUGCUCAUGAGUUUUCCUUCGACGAACACUACUCCGGAAAAUAAGGAAGCAACACUCAAGGCUUGGUUGAUAGGAGUCGCAAUUGUGUUGGGAGCUCUUUGUUUCGCCUUAUUGAUCACCUUCAUUUUCAAAAUGAAGCAGCUGAAUAGAAGAAUUUCCAAACUCACUGAAAAGAAAUUUGGCUCUCAGGAAUCAGGGUUGAACAGACUUGGAAUAUCUGCUCCUACAACUAAUAAACAUGCAAUCGAAGGAUCGAACCCUGUAUUCAAUACUAAUGAUAUGAAGAAAACGGAAGAUAUGGGAGAUUUUGAUAAUCAAAGUAUGAGAAGUGGAGAUUCGGACCUUAUUGGAAUUGAAGACAAUCCUGAAUUCGAUUAUAGUUUCGACAGAAACCACGAUGAUAAAAUCGAUGACAGAUUUACUUAUCUCUAAGGGAAGCUGUUCAGGAAAUGCCAAGAAAAUCUAUGCACAAAUGAUCAAGAGCUGAGCGUAUUAUUUACAUUCGCUUAUAUUCAUGAUACUUAUUAGUCUUUUAGAACAAAAACUCCAAAAAUGUAUACAAAUAUAAAUAUAAACCUAUCUACCUGCAUUAUUAUGUUGACGAAUAUUCGAUAUUUGAGUGAACUGUAUUUCCUUAGGCAUGAUUCAAAUCGGAUAGACCCUAUAAAAUUAGUUUUUUGAUACGAGGAAGCAAUUGAGGGGCUCAAUCUCAAUGCAUAAACCGGCCACAUAGAGCAAAAUGUUGGGGAGAAGAAAAAAACGAUUUUCAGGUUGAAUCAUAUACAUAGCUAUGUGUUCUGAAUAUCUUAUCAUUUGCAGUUGAUCUUAGUAUGUUAGUUUUGAGCAAUAUUGAGAGCUGUAGCAGAAGGAUAGAUGAGAAAUUUGAGAAAAAUUAAUGGACUUGACCGGUUUAUGCAAAGUUUCUCGAUUUUUUUGGGGUGAAAUAAAGAAUAAUAAUAAAUUUUAUGUGC